AUGGUCUCCAGGCCUCCGUCUGAGCCCGAAAGGGCGACCACGGCGACGAAGCCCCCUCUGCCUCCGGCUCCGAAGCCCUCGACAACAACCUCUGAAAAGGUUCCUCCCCCCGGACCCGAAGCUCUCCUUGUCGCGGAUGCGCCUGGUUCAACGGCGACUGUUAUCGCUCCGGCUCCUGCACCUCCCGCUGCUGUUCCCUCCGCCCAGCCAGUGCCGGCUGAACCCCAGGCUGAGCCUCAGGCGUCCCCUGCUGCACCAGCGGUGUGUGUCGCCAACCCCUCGGCUCCCUUGCCUGCGGGGCUUGUUGUCGCGCCUGAGUUGCCGACUCCUGCCUCUGCCUCGUCCCCGCAGGCGGCGUCCGCCACCACUGGCGGCCCUGCCCCGUUGGUUGCGCCGCCGGUUGGUGGACCGGCUGCACCUGCUGUGCCACCGACUGCUCCUGUGGUGCAGAUGUCUCGCCCGCCGUCACCUGGCCGCCGCCCAUCUCGCCCUCAUUCUCCCGCUCCCCAGCAGGAUCGUCAGUCCUCCCGGCGUCGGCGCAAUUCUCCACGUCGGCCGCAUCAGCAAGCCCAGUGGCACGCGAACCGCGGCGGCCACGGUGGCUGGUGGGGUCCCCGCGGCCGCGGUGGUGGUGGGGCGUACGAUCCGCCGGUGAGGAUGGCGGAUCUGCAGCGGGCGGUGUUAACUGCGGUGCGUGAGGAGAGGGCCGCCCUGACCCAAGGCAGCUCUCACGCUGUCGUGGCACGUACUGCUCCCCAACAGGCUGUUCUUCCGGUGGAUCAGCCGCCUGCCGCUCCCGUCCCGCAUCAGAAUACUGCCCCGUCGCCUCCCGCUGCCUCUGCCUCUGCUCCUGUUCCUGGCUCUCGGCUUCGCCUCCCGCCCGUUCCGCCUGUGGCGGGAGUUGAAUUUGUGGCGGCGGGGGGCGGGUCGCAGUAUCCCCAUCCCGGGGUUGGCGGUUCUGCAACUCUUGCCCUCGAGGAGCCGUUUCAAUUUCUGGCGCAGGCAUUACAGCCUCCGCAGUCCCGCAUUCCAGAGGCCACUCUCGCCCAGCUCUUCCGCCUCGCGGAGAGCUUUCAUGCUCUGCUCCUGAUACAGGUUCUCGCGCAUUCGUCACUUCCCGCUGUUCCCCCCGAGACGUUCCAGGAUCGCCACCACGAUUCGUGCCUGGAUGCAGCCGACCAGCUCGCAGUGCUGCUGGCGCCCGUGCUGGCUGCGCCCGUAGAGGGUGGAGUUGCGGCUGCUGGGCAGCUCGAUGAGGCUCCGACGCUAGAGCUCGUUGCCUCCUGGUCGGCAAUGGUCUCCAGGCCUCCGUCUGAGCCCGAAAGGGCGACCACGGCGACGAAGCCCCCUCUGCCUCCGGCUCCGAAGCCCUCGACAACAACCUCUGAAAAGGUUCCUCCCCCCGGACCCGAAGCUCUCCUUGUCGCGGAUGCGCCUGGUUCAACGGCGACUGUUGUCGCUCCGGCUCCUGCACCUCCCGCUGCUGUUCCCUCCGCCCAGCCAGUGCCGGCUGAACCCCAGGCUGAGCCUCAGGCGUCCCCUGCUGCACCAGCGGUGUCUGUCGCCGACCCCUCGGCUCCCUUGCCUGCGGGGCUUGUUGUCGCGCCUGAGUUGCCGACUCCUGCCUCUGCCUCGUCCCCGCAGGCGGCGUCCGCCACCACUGGCGGCCCUGCCCCGUUGGUUGCGCCGCCGGUUGGUGGACCGGCUGCACCUGCUGUGCCACCGACUGCUCCUGUGGUGCAGAUGUCACGCCCGCCGUCACCUGGCCGCCGCCCAUCUCGCCCUCAUUCUCCCGCUCCCCAGCAGGAUCGUCAGUCCUCCCGGCGUCGGCGCAAUUCUCCACUUCGGCCGCAUCAGCAAGCCCAGUGGCACGCGAACCGUGGCGGCCACGGUGGCUGGUGGGGUCCCCGCGGCCGCGGUGGUGGUGGGGCGUACGAUCCGCCGGUGAGGAUGGCGGAUCUGCAGCGGGCGGUGUCAACUGCGGUGCGUGAGGAGAGGGCCGCCCUGACCCAAGGCAGCUCUCACGCUGUCGUGGCACGUACUGCUCCCCGACAGGCUGUUCUUCCAGUGGAUCAGCCGCCUGCCGCUCCCGUCCCGCAUCAGAAUACUGCCCCGUCGCCUCCCGCUGCCUCUGCCUCUGCUCCUGUUCCUGGCUCUCGGCUUCGCCUCCCGCCCGUUCCGCCUGUGGCGGGAGUUGAAUUUGUGGCGGCGGGGGGGGGGUCGCAGUAUCCCCAUCCCGGGGUUGGCGGUUCUGCAACUCCCGCCCUCGAGGAGCCGUUUCAAUUUCUGGCGCAGGCAUUACAGCCUCCGCAGUCCCGCGUUCCAGAGGCCACUCUCGCCCAGCUCUUUCGCCUCGCGGAGAGCUUUCAUGCUCUGCUUCUGAUACAGGUUCUCGCGCAUUCGUCACUUCCCGCUGUUCCCCCCGAGACGUUCCAGGAUCGCCACCGCGAUUCGUGCCUGGAUGCAGCCGACCAGCUCGCAGUGCUGCUGGCGCCCGUGCUGGCUGCGCCCGUAGAGGGUGGAGUUGCGGCUGCUGGGCAGCUCGAUGAGGCUGUACGCAGCCUGAGGCGCCAUUUGCGUGCAGGUUCUGGAGCCGCCGCGAUCGGCGCAAGCACGCUUGUGGUCCGGGAGCUGUGGCGCUCCCUGACGGGCGUUCUUCACGCCCUUGGAGCUCACCGCAUGUAG